AUGAAGGGCCCGAAAUCACUUACCGUGCUGACCUUCCAACCAGGAACUAGCUCUAUUGUGGACGAGCAGACUCAUGAACCCCUUCUGCCCAUCUUAACCCUCAUCGUCGCGACGGCUGUCAAGUUACGCAAAGAUGGCCACAAAGUUGUCAUUGUGUCAUCGGGAGCCAUUGGCGUCGGCUUGCAACGCAUGGAUGUUGAAAAGAGACCCAAGCACCUCUCCAAGUUGCAAGCGUUAGCAGCGAUUGGUCAAUGUCGUCUAAUAAGCCUGUGGGAUAGCUUCUUUGGGCAUUACCGUCAACCUGUUGCUCAGAUCCUACUUACAAGAAAUGACAUUGCCGAUCGCUCGAGGUACCUCAAUGCCCAGAACACUGUCAUGGAACUCCUGGAAAUGGGUGUCAUCCCCAUUGUCAACGAGAACGACACUUUGGCUGUUGCCGAAAUCAAGUUCGGUGACAAUGACACCCUCUCUGCCAUCACAGCUGCCAUGGUCCACGCCGACUUUCUGUUUCUCAUGACCGAUGUGGACUGCUUAUAUGAUAAGAACCCACGGUCAAACCCCGAUGCCCAGCCAAUAGAGGUAGUUGAGGAUAUCUCGGCAAUCCAAGCAGAUGUCUCGAGCGCCGGCUCCGCCCUCGGCACCGGCGGAAUGGGCACCAAAAUAGUAGCCGCCCGCCUCGCCACUUCAGCAGGCGUAACCACGGUCAUCACGCGUUCGUCAAGCCCCGGCAACAUCGUCAAAAUAGUCCGCUACGUGCAGGCUCUGAAAUCCUCCACCCCCUCAUCCUCCCAACACACCCCAACCGUAGAAGAGCACCGCGACGACCCCCUGUCCCGCUCAACUGCCUCACUCUCCCUCGACACCGUCAAGCCCCCCUUACAUACCCGCUUCCUCCCUCUCGCCCAGCCCAUCAGAGACCGCUACUUCUGGCUCCUGCACGGCCUCGCCCCGCAUGGAACAAUCUAUGUCGACGCCGGCGCACACCGCGCCCUCGCCGAUAAGGCGGGCUUGCUCCCUGUGGGUGUGCUGGACGUCGAGGGGCACUUUGCGCAGCAUGAGGCGGUGAGGCUGGUGGUCGUGGGCCGGGUGAUCCCAAAACCACCAGAAGGGGACAAGCUGUGGGAAGGCACGCCAGUCGAGAUCGGCAGGGCGCUGGUCAAUUACUCGUCGAUUGAGAUCUCGAGGGUCAAGGGACAUAAGAGCACUGAGAUCGAGGGGUUACUCGGGUAUGCCGAUAGCGACUAUGUGGCCGAUCGGGAUAAUGUGAGUUUGUUCCGGAGGGAGAGCAGGCCGGUUACGCCGACGCUUGCUGUGGAGGGUGGGGGAGUGGCGGGGUAUGAGAUGGGGUCGACGAAAUAG